AUGGACCAAUUCAUCAUUAUUUGGUUCGAUGUUGACAUCCCCAGUGCCAAUCAAACAAUAAAACAUUUACUUGAUCAGCUUCAACUAAUCUCGAAUGAAAUCAAAACAUUUUCUGAUGUAAAUGAAUGUGCCGAUUUUAUUACAGAUGUCGCAGAUAAAAAAAUACUGCUCAUUAUUUCUCCAAUAGCUGGUCAAUUAUUACUGCCUUUCAUCGAACAUGUUUCUCAGCUUUAUUCAAUUUAUGUCUUCAAUAGUCAACAUGCAUAUGAUGAUCAAUGGACAUUCAAACAAAACAAAGUAAAAGGAAUAUUUUUCGAAAUUGAAUCUAUUUGUAGAGCAUUGAAAAGAGACCUAUGUCAGUUGGUAAAUGACUCGGCAUUAUUCAGUAUUAUUUCUACAAAUUGUGGUCCUAAUUUCAAUCAAUUAGAUAAAUCGUUUAUGUAUAUCACAUUACUCAAAGAAGCUAUUCUUGAAAUUGAACAUGAUCCAAAAGCUCGAGAAAGAUUCACACGACUCUGUUUGAAUCGCGUUUUUGAUGAACCAUUACAACCAGAGAAAAUAUAUAAAUUUCAACGCUGUUAUGAUGAACAUGCACCAAUUUGGUGGUAUACAAAAGAGUACUUUGUAUAUUCCCAAUUGAAUCAAGCUUUACGAACACAAGAUACAGAGUUCAUGAUUGAAAUGGGAUUUUUUCUUCGUGAUCUUCAUCGAGAUAUCGAGCGGAAAUAUUCAGAAACUGAUAAAACUACAAAGAAAUAUGUCUAUCGAGGUCAAGGACUAUCUGUUGCCGAUUUUAACAACAUUAAAGAGCGAAAAGGUUGUCUUCUGUCAUUUAACAACUUUCUGUCGACGAGUGCUGAUAGAGAAGUUGCAUUAUUGUUGGCCGAAAGCAAUCUACAGAAAAGUGAUCAUGCAGGAAUUUUAUUUCGAAUAGAAAUCGAUCCAAAGGUUUCUUCCACACCUUAUGCACUGAUUGAAGAUGAGAGUGCGUUUGUGGAAGAACAAGAAGUAUUAUUUUCAAUGCCAAGUGUUUUUCGUAUUGGUGAAAUUAUUGAAAUCCAGGAUCGAUUAUGGGAGGUGAAUCUGAAAUUUACUAGUGACGAUGAUUCUGAACUGACAUCUCUGACCAAUUAUAUGAGAAAUGAAAUGAAAGAAGCUUCCGGUUGGUAUUGCAUCGCUGAAUUGAUGAUAAGAAUGGGAAAAUACAAGAAAGCUCUUGAAAUCUAUAGUACCUUAUUUUCAGCAAAUGUUCAUGACACUGGUUUUGAGGACCAGUGUUUAAAUCUUGCACUCGAUUUUAAUAUGGUAACAACGGAGCAUCUUUUGGGAAAAUACUCAAGUGCGCUUAAACAAUUACAAAGCUUGCUUGAAAAGUUAUCAGAUAUAUUCCCACCAGAUCAUCUACUAUUUUCUAAAAUUUACAACACAUUUGGUGUGAUACAGCGAGCCAUCGGAGAUUACAAAACAUCAUUGUCAUACUUGGAAAUGUCGCUUCAGAUACAACUAAGAUCUUCGCCAACAGACCAUGCCAAUUUAUCUAUUACUUAUUGCAAUGUAGCUAUGACAUAUCAUAUGAUGGGUGAUAAUAUUAUGGCACUUAAGAGUUAUGAGGAAGCACUGGCGAUUCAGCAAAAGUCAUUACCUGCAAAUCAUCCUUGCUUGGGAUACACUUACGCGA